CCAACCCACCAGCAUGCCCUGGGCAUUGUCUCUGCGAUGGUCACCAUGGGGCCGGCCUGGUUUGAAGGCCUUGGUCACUGCUGCGGUGUUUGUAACCACCCUCUGGAACCUGAGGUUCUUCCUCAACCCCUCCAAGGGCUCUGGAGAAGAYGCUAAACACAAGGAGCCACUGGUGAUCCUGGUGUGGGAAUGGCCCUCCAAACAGGUCCCCAAUGUCAGUGGGGAUGUGUGCCGUGAGCUGUAUGGCAUCACAGGCUGCCAGCUCACCACAGAGCGCCAGCUCCUGCACCAGGCCAGCGUGGUGGUGUUCCCCCACUCCAGGCUCCAGCCUGGCCGGGACAGACUGCCCAAGGAGAGGCUGCCAGGGCAGAACUGGGUAUGGGUCUCCCUGGAGUCCCCCUCCAACACUAGAGCUCUAGCAGAAUGGAACCAGACCUUCAAUUGGGUGAUGACCUACAGACAGGAUUCGGACAUCUUCAUCCCCUAUGGCAAGCUUGUGCCCAACCAGUCAGCCACUGUGAACAUACCUGCAAAGACCAACUUGGUGUCCUGGGUUAUCAGCAACUACCACAGGACUCAGAAAAGRGCUGAAGUCUACAAAAACCUCUCCAGGUACCUCCAUGUAAAUAUAUAUGGGAAAGCAAACAAUAAGCCCCUCUGCAAAGACUGUCUAUUGGCAACAAUAUCCAAGUCCAAGUUCUACCUGGCCUUUGAGAACUCCAUCCACCGGGACUACAUCACAGAGAAACUCUGGAGGAACUCACUGCUGGCUGGCACUGUGCCUGUGGUGCUAGGGCCACCCAGGUCCAACUAUGAGCAGUUUGUUCCCUCAGACUCCUUCAUCCAUGUCAAUGACUUUGCCUCCCUGGAGGAGCUGGCCACCUUCCUGAAGACAAUGAACUCCAGCCGAUACCAGCAGUUCUUUUCCUGGCAGAGGAGGUUCAGUGUGAAGCUCUACACAGAUUGGAGGGAACGGAUCUGCACCAUCUGCACYGCCUACCCCCACCUGCCCCAUGGCCACCUCUAUCCUGACCUGCAGGGCUGGUUCAGCUCCUAGCGUGUGCCAGGACACUUGGGAUGAAUCCAGGCAGAGGAUAUGGGGGGUGGAAAGUGCAUGGGGCACCCAGCUGCAUGCAGGAUGGUGGGGCAAGGAGGACAGGAACUCUCACUCUCCUCCCAACCCAGCUGUUGCCACUCCGGGACUUUGAGCAACUCCCCAUGACUUCAUUUCUUGUGA